CUUGUUUCAUAACGUUUUGUUGGAGGUAAAUUGCUGUGUUGACAAAUUUUGUUGUUAAAGUUGCCAUACAGCAAAAACUAUGUGGUUUAAUUACAGUCAGAUAAAAUAUUUAUAACGAUGUACACAAUUGAAGCGUUGAUUGUUGUCUCAGCAUUGUUAAUUCAAGUUGUGGCGCAGAACGUCGAUUAUUGCUCAUUAUCGUGUGACAAAAAGGUAAACACAAUUUGCAGAAGACAAGAUUGCGGUCCGGUGCCAGGAUGUAGGGAAAAAUCCAUGGAUGAGGCUGCAAGGCAGUUCGCUGUGGACAUGCACAACAGCUACAGAAACAAAAUUGCAACAGGACAGGAAAAACGUUUCAAUGGCACUGUCUCCAAUAUGCUCAAAAUUAGUUAUGACAUGGAAUUGGAAAGGAUGGCGCAAUGUCAUGCAAACGAAUGCAUAUUUGGCGGGCCAAAUGUUCAUGAUGAUUGUCGUAAAACCUCAAAAUUUACCACGGUUGGUCAAAACAUCCAAUCAGUGUCUGGUACCAAAUUUAACAAAGUGUGGCUCCAAUCCAACUACUCUCAACCAUUUUUCAAGUGGUAUAAUGAAAUUGCUUACAUUGAUUCGUCAAGUUAUGCCAAUUACACAAUCAAUCGUAGACCAGGUGUUGGAAAAAAUAAAGUCGUAGAUCACUUUAGUCAACUUGUGUGGGCUUUCACCAACAAAAUUGGGUGUGCAAGGGCAAUGAAAGAAAAUCCCCAGGGCAAGUACAAGUAUAACGUGUUGUACAUUUGCAAUUACGGUCCUACUGGCAAUGUAGUAGGUUCAAGCAUCUUUCAACAAGGUGAACCUGCUUCAAAGUGUCCACAAAAUUACACAAAGGAUGAAAAAUAUCCCGGAUUGUGCGCGGAGAAAUCACUUGUUGUAGAAACUAGAAUUAUGUCCUUGGAUGAACAAACACGUGGACAAAGCUGUAGUUUUGUUCAACAUAAUUAUAAUUGGUUUCUUAAUAUAAUUGUUGUAUCUAUUUUAUACAUGUACUUUACGAUGUAAUAUAAUGUUAAAAAGCAAA